GCACCGAGACAAGGGAAGGAUUAUGCCGUAUGGAUGGAGAUGAAAUGAAAGCUCGUCUUAGACAUUAGUAGCAGUGUGCAAGCGGCAAUGGGACGAAAACACCUUACAUAGCACAAAGUUGCUUGGAAAGAAGCAAUAUGGCUGAAGAUCAACAGGCCCUGUCAUUAAGCUGGGUCUUCGGAGCUUCAGCUAGCAUCAAACACAGCGUGGUCAACUUGUCCGAUGGUUAUACGGACAAAAUUUGCUAUUUAGCUGCCAAUACUGCUGUCAUCUACGACAAGCGGUUAAGGAGACAGGUCUUCCUGCAGGGCCACACCAGUCCAAUCACAUGCAUUGUAACAACAGAUGAUCGCGCGCACGUCAUCACCGCUGACACGGGCCCGGAGGCCUUGCUGGUGGUGUGGAAUGUGCGAACCGGCCUGCCCACAUGCACCAUCCGGCAGCCACACCGCCACGGCGUAUCAACCAUGGACGUUUCGGUUGAUGGUGCGUGGCUUGCCAGUAUUGGGGCAGCGGAUCCCGAUAGCGGCGAGCAAGAGGUAGCGCUGUGGUCCCUGGCAGCGUUGCUCAACCCCGCAGCGGCCGCAUCCGCACCCCCUUCAACAGCAGCAGCGGACGGGACACAGCCGCCACAGCCGCCACAGCCGAGGGGUCCCGGCGGGCCGCUGCGGCCCCUGGUGACCACGGUGGUGCCAGCGGGCGAUGUGCAGCACUCCAUCCGCUUCAGCCCCAACAACCCGCAGGAACUCAUCUCCAACGGCCGCCGGCGCGUGUACUUCUGGAGCUGGGCCCCCGGCUCCCCGCGCUUCCAGUACUACUCCCCCCCACUGCGCUCCCGCGACUUCAAGCAGGCGGUGGGCGACUUCGUGAGCAGCGUGUUCGUGCCCGGCACCACGCAGGCGCUCACCGCCACCGCGGACGGUGACCUGGUGGUGUGGGACGAGCAGGGCAUUGCGGCGCAGGUGGGCACCAGCGCCACGGACCGGCGGGCCAUCAAGCUCAUGCGCAUCCACUCUUCGCCCAUCACGCUGCUGUCCACGGUGGGCGACUUUAUCGUGAGCGGCGGAGAGGACGGCUACGUGCGCUUCUUUGACCCGCUGCUGCGCAUUGUGGCGUGGUUUGAGGACCUGGCAGCGGGCCCCGUGACCGCUGUGGCUUUUUCCGCGGUCCUUCCUGACCGUCUAGCUCACGCAGACGCCGCUGACACCCUCAACCGCUUCAUGGUGCCGGACUUCGUGGUGGCCACUCGGAACAGCAGGAUCGUGUCGGUGCAGAGCUCUACCUUUGAGGAGUACGACGCGGAGCGCCGUCGCGGCACUGCCGUACUGGAUUCCCUGCUGGCGGAUGUGGUGGACAUCGCGGCGCACCCCACCCGCGCCGAGUUCUCUGUGCUUGGGCGCGGCGGGGGCCUGCAGCGCUGGGACUCCAUCGCGCACUGCCUGCUCAACUCGCGCUCCUUCGACGCCCACCACGGCGGCUCCUGCCUGUGCUACAGCCGCGACGGAGCGCUGCUGGCGGUGGGUUUCGGCGCCGGCCACCUGCACAUCUUGGACGCAGACGACUUCACCGACUCGCACGUGAUGCGCAACACAACGGCGGGCCUCACUCGCAUUGCGGUGUCGUCCACUGGGCACCACAUAGCGGCCGCGGACGAGCAACAUCAGCUGCUGUUGUACGCCUACCUGCCGUACAAGCACACCAUGCGGUGGGAGUUCCUGGGCCGUUGCAGGUCGCACCACGGCCCAAUCGCCAGCGUCGUGUUCGGCGAGUCGCCGUCUGGCCAGACGCGGCUGCUGACGGUGGGCGCGGAUGCGCGCGUGGUGGAGUACGACCUGGUGGCCUCCUCCGUAGCGACGGGGCUCCAGGUCGUGUCGUACUACGACUUCCCACCUGGCGGCGGCGCGCCCACCUCCCUCACGUUUGCCCCACCGCUGCAGUACUUCCGUGCCUUUGCUGCGGACACCCAUUUACUGGUAUCGGACGACAGCUACAAGAUCCGCGUGUUCAAUCCAGACCGGCCCGCCGUGGAAGCCACCUUCCUGGGCCCUACCUUCGGCGGCCCCAUCGCGCAGCUCGUCAUGUUCAAGUCCCACGCCAGUGACUCCGCCUUCCUGGCCUACCGCACGGCGGAGCGCGUGGUGGGUCUCAUCGCCUGGCCCCUGGAUGGCGACCCCGCGCGAACCAUGGGUCUCAUCGCGCACCCCGGCGAAGUGCGGGCCAUCACCAUCUCCUACGACGGCCGCAAGCUGCUGACAGUGGGUGGCGAUGGCACGCUGGCCAGCUGGGACAUCAACACGGCCCCCCUGGAGCGCUCCGCCGCGCAUGCUGCCUCCGCCGGCAACGAGACGCGCUGGUCCGAGGUGCUGGGCGACCCGGAGCUGCUGCGGGAGAUGCGGGACUACUUUGUGUACGCGCAGAUCAAGACGCAAGGGGAGGACGCGCUGGAGCCCAGGGCGGUGCCGGGUACCGUGCCGCUGGAGGUGGUUCCUGACCUGAUGCGCGCCGCCGGCUUCUACCCCAGCGAGGCCGACAUCGACAACCUGCUCAACCACGUGCAGUACAUGGCGCACGGUCGGGACCUGGAGUCCAUGCCCGCCAUCACCUUUGCAGACCUGCUGUGCCUGUACGUCAACCACCGCCCGCUCUUCAACGUCACGCAUGCGGACAUCGUGACGGCGUUCCGGGAACUAGGAGCAAGGGGAGAUUUCGGCAAGCUCACUCGCGAGCAGCUGCUGAGCCUGCUGCAGUCCGCAGGGGAGCCCAUGGGGCCCGAGGAGCUCAGCGCGGCCCUGGAGGCCCUCACCGGCACCGCGGCCCCGGACAAGGCCAUGCCGACAGCCGUGACGGCUGCACAGUUCAGUUCGGACGUGCUAGGGUUUGAAACGGAUACGGUGGAUGCGCAAUGAUUUUGGCAGGAUUGUGGUUACGCUUAUAACGUACAAGCGGUGAUAUGACACGGGCGCUGCAAUGCGACUGUCUCUCGGGGUUUAGGUUGGGACGGUGACGGAACAUAGCCGUCUGCAACCUGCCGUCUCCUGGUCUACUUUUACCAGGAACCCUUGGCUCAAGGGAGGAGGGCACUUUCUGCGAACGAGAGGUAUAGAGGAGGCAUCUGUGCUGCAUUAGCUGGCAUAAGCGCCUGUGGAAUGGGCUGCCAGCGCUCGUACGGCAUGCGAAGGGGGGGUGGAAAACUGCUGUCGCUUAAGGUGUUGGAGGCCGCAUGUGUACAGCACCGUGCAGUAGUGCCAGGUCAGCCUAGAAUACGGAGCAUGCACGUGUUGCCCAACGCGUUGCUGCCGCUUCUACCCGGCGGAAAGAACCGUCGCCCUCACAGCCUCAGCUUGGGGAAGUGCACCGACGCUCCAAUGACUACCA